UAUACUCUUACUGAGGUGGUGUAGGGAGUGUGCCAAGUGGUUUGUUUGUGACAAAAAAAAAAAAAAGGCAAAACAAACUACAAGCCCAUUUCCCCACGGUUUAACUUAUAAUUAAACGAGUUAUAUACUCCGAGUAACGACGAAAAAGGGGGGAAAAAAGCGGAUUGUUGAGGGGUGUGACUCGGUCAAGCUGCCUACCGAAGAGGCACCGUGUCAGGCUAUGAACCAGCGAAAGCCAGUGACAAAGAAAAAAACGGAGAAGAUUGUAAAAAGGUAGAGCAUACUGAGAGACUGACGCUGAAGACACGCGAGAAACAAACCCUCCCUGUUAAACGGCGGAGUUUAUUCUUUGUUUCCUCGUCGAGAAGACGAUGUGAUGUGAAGAAGAUUAAGGAGAGAGCGAGAGAAGCUAGUUAAUGCUAUACGACGAGAGAAUGUGUGGGAAGGGCAUGAUGUGCCACAGGAGAGUCCAGAGCAACGAGCUGGCGGUUAAACAUGAGUUCAAGGAUGAGGAGUCGAAAAAGGUCAAGCACAGCUGGUAUAAAAGCGGAGGAAGGCGGUGGCACAGCGACAGGAGAGGGCACCGUGUCGUUUUCCGCCGCAAUCCGUCGAGACCGCGGCACCCUCCCGUCUCCGUGGCGCUGCGGCCGGCUAACGUCCGCGGCAGGCGUGCGCCAGGGAUGCGCGCGCCGCGCAACACCAACCAGUUCCUCAUGCACGAGAAGUACCAGCUCAUGCACAUGCGCUCUGACUCGGUGGGCACAGACAGCUGCUCUGAUUGCGAGCUGGACCCCGCAGACAUGGACUCGUACCUCGGGGUGCUCGAGAACGCCCGGGGCGCGCUGCUAGACAGCCCAGAACUCUCGUUCACAACCAGCGAGACCUUCCAUUUCUUCACUUUCCCUGAGCUGGAGCGAGAAGACAGUAUGCAGUACUUUCCGUCCGAGAACGACGUCAUGCAGAGCGAAGAUUUCAUGCAGAGGGACUUUAAACAGUUUUGUGACGCCGUGGCUUGUACAUAAACGCUCGCCGCAGGUCACCUGGUGUGCAGCUGAUUAUUUGUGGCCAUCAGAUCGUCCACACCAACAGGACAUUUUAUUAACGUCGUUGUUAUAAUGCCAUGUUUGUUUUUGUUUUUUUUUAAUCACGGUGCAUUGUUUUGUUACGGAAGUCGAGCAGUGAAGUAGGAGUGGCAGAGCAGCCAAUCAGAUUCGAGAUCAUUUAGUCCCACCUCCUCAGAGCUGCUAAAACCCCUAAGCGACUCCAUCUAGGGCAUCUAGUGCACUACAAUAGGAUAAAGAAGCCUUAUGUCAUACGGUAUGCAGUGCACUUGUUUACGGAGUAGGGAGCCACUUGAGAUUCAGCCAUAUCCUGCUGUUUUAAGUGAUGGUUUGUAAAAUGAAAUAAAAAUGACGUUUUUGAGUAA